CGUACUUGUCCAUAAACUUGUCAUAAUUUGACUUCAAUUUUUCUUUCUUUGGCAACACUCAACCAAAGAAGAUUUUUCAACAAAAUAGUGAAAAGAUUGAAACUUUAACAAUAUAAUCAUCUACAUACAGUUUCUUCUCAUCUUCAUACUUACCUCUGAAGAAAAAAAAAUGGAAAAGCUUUCAAGUGAAACUGUGAUUGACAUACUUUCAAGAUUACCCAUCAAAUCCCUUGUAAAGUGCAGGUGUGUUUGUAAAUCUUGGUUCUAUUUGACAUAUGAAUUGCAUCUGAUUGAUACCCAUCUCUCAAUUUCAUCUAAAAAUGAAAUCUUUUAUGGUCUCAUCCUCAAAACCUCAAUUCCCAUUCACAGAACUUGUUGGCACAGUAAGUCAUCUUUUGUACAGAGUGAUGGAACUGAUGAUUAUAAGUGUGUUAACUUUAAUUUCCCAUUACCCCUUUUGAGUAAUUAUGAAAUUUUGGGUUCUUGUAAUGGAUUACUAUGUUUGUUUGAUCCAAUUGUUAAGUAUUUGACUCAUAUACUAAAUCCAUGUAGUGGGGAUUUUGUUUUCUUGCCUGACCCUAUUAGGGAUUUGGGGGAUCCUGUGAAUGUUGUUGUGGGGUUUGGGUUUUACCUAAGAGGAAUGUGUAUAAGGUGGUGGAGAUUAUGUAUUAUAGAAGGGCAAUUGUGGGUGAUGAUAAUGAUGAUUUGAGGUCUGGUGUUUGUGUAUAUACUAUUGGGGAUGAUUCAUGGAGAUGUAUCGGUUCAUCUACUUAUUCACUUCACGGUAGGGAUUUGUCCGGGGCAUGUGUGAAUGAAGCUCUUCAUUGGGUUAGUUCUGGCUAUGAUGGUCCUAAACUUAUUGAUCAAAUUGUUGGUUUUGAUUUGGAAAAUGAGGUGUUUGGAGUCAUUCCUCAUCCGGAUUUUGAUUCGGGAAGACUCAACUAUACGUUGGGUGUUUUGCAAGAUUGUCUAUCGGCUACUAGACAUAAGUGUCAAGAUUAUGUAGAGAUUUGGGUAAUGAAGGAUUAUGGUGUCAAGGAGACGUGGACAAAGCGUUUGAAAAUAGUUUGUAGUGAAGUUGGGCUUAUCAUUGGAGCUGUCCAGCCUCUUUUCUUUCAGAGAAAUGGAGAGUUGAUGCUGCAGCAUGGUGGAACUUUGCUUUGUUACAAUCCUCUGACCAAAACACUACGUGAACUUUGUAUUUCUGGAAUGCCACGGUCUUUCAAGGCGGUUGUUCAUGUUGGCUCUCUUGUUUCACCCCAAAAGUUAUUAAAACUAGAGAAUACUGAAUUUGCUUGAUUUGGCUUAAACAUGAUGGAGAUCGGUUUCAAGCAUUUGACCGGAGUAAAGUGGUUGUUCUCGUGUAUAAGACGAAUUCUAUACACGUAGUAGCUAGCACUGUCCAGCCAAGCCAUUACAUGGAGCUUUCUUUAGAGGACUCAAAUAACGAUCAACGUACACCGGUAGGAAGAGGACCAUGAGAUAAAAACAGUAUGGCCCUGUGGUUUGGGUUUGAGACUUCCAUGUUGGAGGUCUCAAGUUCGAAACCCCUUGCCAGCGAAAGCAAGGGGUUUGCCUUCUGGGUCGA